AUGGACACUUCCCAGCUGAUCCCCAUCCCAAAGCACGGGAACGGGAAAAAUCAGUCGAUGCUGCCGCUUCUGCUAAGCUCUAACGACGGCAAGGAGGUGACAGAAAGGGCCAUGGCGCUGAUCGCACCCAUGUUAGAAGGCUUCACUCCCAAGACCAGUGCUGAGGAGGCCAAGGACGGAGUUGCUUCUCAGUUGGGUACGGCGCUGACUUCUCCUAGAAGACUGUCUUUGGCAGCGAUUGGCGAGGCUGUCUCGCUCACUUCGGACAACUUGUCGAUCAAUAAUGCCAUGAAUCAGCUGCUGCCGGAAGAUUUGAGUAAUGGGGAAUCUCUUACAAAACCAUACUCCAGAACAAACUCGGCGUCGUCUUGGGACUUGAACUUGCCGAAACUCAACAAGACAGUGCUGAACUCGCUGAACACGCUGCGCAGACUGGCGUCCAAUGCAACCAACCCGUCUCCGCCAAAUGUGAACAAGAUAGGCAAGAUCGGUGUGUGUGCGAUGGACACCAAAGUCAUGCUGAAACCUUGUAGAAAGAUCUUGAAUCGGCUUAUAGAAAACGGAGAGUUCGAGACCAUUGUGUUUGGUGAUAAAGUGAUCUUGGAUGAGGCGGUGGAGAACUGGCCCACCUGCGACUUCCUUAUCAGCUUCUUCUCCACAGGUUUCCCUUUGGACAAAGCCAUCAGCUAUGCGAAUCUAAGAAAGCCAUACAUAAUCAACGACUUGAUAUUGCAGAAGACCUUGUGGGACAGAAGGUUGGUGUUGAACAUCUUGAACCAUGCAAAUGUGCCUACCCCAGAGAGACUCGAAAUCAGCAGAGACGGUGGACCUCGCAUCGAUAAGAUUUUGGAAGAUAAGCUCGUGGAGGUCGGUAUCCCUCGUGAUCACUUGUACAAGUUAACUCAUCAAGAAGAGCCAGAGUGGUCCAUGUUGGAUGAAGAUACCAUCUGCGUCAAUGGCAAGAUCAUGAAGAAGCCAUUUGUUGAAAAGCCUGUUGAUGGCGAAGACCACAACGUCUACAUAUACUAUCCCAAAUCUACUGGUGGUGGUGGUCGACGUCUCUUUAGGAAGAUAGGUAACAAAUCUUCUGAGUUUGAUCCUGACUUAAGCACUCCUCGUACAGAGGGAUCAUUCAUAUACGAAAGGUUCAUGGAUACCGACAACUUCGAGGAUGUGAAAGCGUACACCGUUGGCGCUGACUUUUGCCAUGCUGAAACGAGAAAAUCUCCUGUUGUCGAUGGUAUCGUGAGACGUAACACACAUGGCAAGGAAAUUCGUUUUGUGACAGAGUUGAGCGAUCAUGAAAAGCUCAUGGCAAAGAAUGUGAGUCGCAUCUUCAGACAAACUAUCUGUGGGUUCGAUUUAUUGCGAGUCAAUGGUGAGUCGUACGUUAUUGAUGUGAAUGGUUUUUCUUUCGUCAAGGACAACAACGAUUAUUAUGAUUCAUGUGCCUCUAUAUUGAGGGACAUGUUCAUUGAAGCGAAGAAAUCAAGAGACUUCAUCAAGAACAAGAUACCCAAGACAAGCCAGAUUAAUCAGUCUGAAUUUGAGGAGAAACAACAGAAAUGGGUUUUCAAGGGAAUGGUCUCGGUCAUUAGACAUGCAGACAGAACACCCAAACAGAAAUUCAAGUACUCCUUCAGAUCUCCUCUUUUCACGUCAUUGCUUAAGGGUCACAAGGAAGAAGUAAUUAUUCGAGCCAUUCCUGAUUUGCAAGUUGUGUUAGAGACCGUCAAGAUUGCAGAAGAGAAGGAGCUCGAGGAUUUGAAGAAGCUCAAGCAGUUGAGAAUGGCAUUAGAGAAAAAGAUCGAAUUUCCGGGCACUAAGAUUCAGUUGAAGCCAUCAUUGAAUCCUGAAAACCCUGAGGUCGUGGAUAAAGUUCAGUUCAUUUUGAAGUGGGGUGGCGAGCCAACUCACUCGGCUAGAUUUCAAGCGACAGACGUGGGAGAACAGUUAAGACAAAAUAUCAAGUUACUCAACAGAGAAGCACUUAACGAUGUGAAGGUGUACACUUCUUCUGAGAGAAGAGUGAUCGCCAGCGCUCAUCUUGCAACAUGCUCUAUGUUGGGAUUGCCCUCUUUGCCAGACGAUUUCCUCAUCAUAAGAAAGGAUUUGUUGGACGAUUCUAAUGCUGCCAAGGACUUGAUGGACAAAGUGAAGAAGAAGUUGAAGCCAUUGUUGAGACAAGGUGCCGAAGCUCCUCCUCAGUUUACUUGGCCUCCUAAGAUGCCACAACCUUUUGUUGUUAUUAAGAGGGUCUGUGAGUUGAUGAAUUUUCAUAAAAACAUCAUGGAGUACAAUUUUAAAAACUACGAUGUCAGUAAGUUUCAGGAGAAUUGGUGUUGUGGCGAAGAUCCAUAUUUGUUUAAGGAGAGAUGGGACAAACUUUUCCAAGAAUUCACAUCUGUCGAAAAGACACAUCCAUCGAAGAUCUCGGAAUUGUAUGACACAAUGAAAUAUGAUGCCUUGCACAAUCGUCAAUUCUUGGAGAAGAUAUUGGCUUUUGACCCUAAUGAUGAAAAUCUACUCAAAGUAUUAGGUGAGACGUGUGGAGACACCAUCAAAUCGUCUGGUCUUGUGAGUGAGUACCCAAUCAAUAUCUUGGCCAUGAACAACUUCAAAAUUCCGCACGAAGCCAGCUCUAAUGUCAGCUCCGCCUCUGGCUCAACGUCGAAUCUACAGAACAUCACCAAUUCUAGUACAGCUUCCGCUGGCUCUCUUGGGUGGGUCUUGAAGGGAGCUGCGCCUUCUGUGAAGCAUUCGAAUGCCAACAAUGACUCAAACACACAUAAAUCUAGUUGUAACAGCAGUGUUAGCAGCAAUGGUAAAGCACCAGAAAAUCCAUUUGAUCAUCCUACCUUUGCUCGACUCAGAGAGUUGUACAGAUUAUCCAAGGUUCUCUUCGAUUUCAUAUGCCCACAGGAAUACGGCAUCAAGGAUGAAGAAAAGUUAGAUAUUGGGUUGUUAACAUCUUUACCAUUAGCAAAGCAAAUCUUAUCCGACAUUAAAGACAUGAAGAAACACGAUUCUGCUGCAAUGGUCAACUAUUUCACGAAGGAGUCGCAUAUCUAUACAUUGCUCAAUGUUAUAUACGGUGCUCAAUUGCCAAUGAAAAUUGCAAGAAAUGCAUUGCCUGAGCUCGACUACAUGUCGCAGAUUGUGUUCGAAAUCUACGAGUCUGGCGACUCUAAUAGCCCAUCCGGAAAGAAACAUGCUAUCAGGAUGUCGUUGUCUCCAGGCUGUCAUACACAAGAUCCAUUGGAUGUUCACUUGGAUGAUGACCAUUACAUUGGUUGUAUUCCAAGAAUCAGCUUGACAAGACACUUGGACAUGGACUUGGUGAUCCAAAGAUUGAAAUCAAGGUUCUCCAGAGUGUCCUUGCCAAAGCAGUUUACUCCUGUCAAUAUUUCCAGUCCAUUGGUCUCGGGACUUUAG